UGCUGUGAAGUGCAGGGGAGUCAGGGCAGAUUCCAGCAGCCCGUACAGCUGAAUCUCUCAGUCAUUGACUCUGCACACAUACUAGCUGGAAGCACACUUGGGUAUAGACACCAUGGUGCCGAAGUUACACAGAUGGGCUACUGCGCAUCUUCUGUCCUUACUCUUUUCAGCUUGCAUGGCAUAUAUUGCUACCAGAGAAAACUGCUGCAUCUUAGAUGAACGAUUUGGUAGCUAUUGCCCAACUACAUGCGGCAUUGCAGACUUCUUAACUAAAUACCACCCUGGUGUGGAUAAGGAGCUGCAGGUCCUUGAAAAUCUCUUGCAACAGAUCACUAACUCUUCCACUGUAACAGAACAGUUGAUCCGCCAAAUCCAAAUCCACAGCCUCCCAGAGAAACUGAGUCUGCCAGAUGUGAUCAACGGUUUUACUCAAAAAAACAGGAAAAUAAUUGAUGAAAUUAUCAGAUAUGAAAACACUAUUGUGGAACAUGAAAAUAUUAUACAGCAACUGACAGAUGUGUUGAUGUUAAACACUAAGAAGAUUUCACAACUAAAACAGAUGACUAAUCAGCUUGCGUCACAAUGUCAGGAGCCAUGCAGAGACACAGUCCAAAUACUGGAAACAACUGGAAGAGAUUGUCAAGACAUUGCAAAUAAAGGUGCCAGACACAGUGGUCUUUACUUCAUCAAACCUCUAAAAGCUAAGCAGCAGUUUCUAGUCUAUUGUGAGAUUGACACAUUUGGCAAUGGAUGGACAGUGUUCCAGAGAAGACUUGAUGGGAGCGUGGACUUCAAGAAAAACUGGGCUCAGUACAAAGAAGGAUUUGGACACCUGUCACCAGAUGACCAGUCAGAGUACUGGCUGGGAAAUGAAAAGAUUCAUUUAAUAACCACUCAGUCUACUAUUCCAUAUGCCUUAAGGAUAGAACUGGAAGACUGGGAGAAUAAAAAAAGUACUGCAGACUAUGCUGUGUUCAAAGUGGGACCUGAAGCAGACAAGUACCGACUGACCUAUGCCUAUUUUGUUGCUGGUGGUGAAGCAGGGGAUGCCCUUGAUGGUUUUGAUUUUGGAGAUGAUCCCAGUGACAAAUUUUUUACAUCCCAUAAUGGCAUGCAGUUCAGUACCUAUGAUCGUGACAAUGAUAAAUUUGAUGGCAAUUGUGCUGAACAGGAUGGAGCAGGAUGGUGGAUGAAUAGAUGUCAUGCUGGUAACCUCAAUGGCAAAUAUUAUCAAGGUGGCACUUACUCAGCAAGAGAGGUUGGUCCAGCUGGAUACGACAAUGGGAUUAUCUGGGCAACCUGGCGUUCUCGGUGGUAUUCCAUGAAGAAAACUACGAUGAAAGUCAUCCCAUUCAACAGACUUUCAAUAGGAGAUGGACAGCAGCACAACUUAGGUGGCUCCAAACAGGUUGGAGACAUUUAAAGAGACAGUUUAACAAAGAUUUAUCUGGACAGGAAAACAAAAUCUUUUACCUCUGGGACAAUGACUUCAUCUAAACUUCUUCAGUUCAGCUCUGGCUGUUAAUUGAUGCUCACUAUUAAAACAAAAUCAUUAAAUGCCCUAGCUUUUCUGCGUGAGCAAGUUACUGUGUCUGCUCUGUGUGGGGUUAUUUUUCUGUAUGCACUUUCAAUAAAAUUUGAUUACAAAGAACACAUAAAA